CAGGCGGCGGGUUCUGGGCAUGUCUCGAGGCAUUGAGGAGCUGGGAAGUGUGAGAUGGGAUCUGGCCUUGACUCUCCUGGCCUGCUGGGUGUUUUGCUACUUCAGUAUCUGGAAAAGUGUCAGAUCAACAGGAAAGGUCCAGGUUUUGGCGUUCAUUGCUUAACCCGAGGCUACAGCCAUGAUGCCUUGGCCACAGUUCUGGAGUGUCUGCUUUUUCCUGAUGCUCUUUUUACUCAGUGUUGACACUCAUUUUGUCACAGUCGAGUGUUUUGUCACAUCGAUGAGCGACUUGUUUCCAACCAGCUUGCGUGCACCAGGAAGGUCUGAAGUCUUUGUUCUUCUCGUCUGUUCGUUCUUCUUCCUCGCACAUCUGACCUUGGUAACUGAGGGAGGGAUUUACGUGUUCCGGCUCAUCGAUUAUUAUGGUUGUACCCAAGUUUGUCGUUAUUUCAUGAUUCUAUGUGUGUCUGGCUCUGGCCUGGAGUUUGGGUGAGCAAAUAACAUUCAUCUCAUUUCCAUGAUAUGCUCUGAGUAUUUGAAGAGCAUGAAUAUAGUGAAUGCAUGAUUUUUAUUGCCAGUAAAUAGUUACAAGAUCUAUUUACUGGUUCCCUGAACCUUUCCAUUCCACCCUUUGCCUGAAUGUUCCAGAACUUUUCCUGCUGUUGUGAAUGGUGACUGACUCGGAAAAAUCUCCUGCUGCUUUCUUCAUAUGUGAACAGCAAACUCUGGGAAAAUUUUGGUCUGAAAACAGCAAUACAAUAUUUUUCUGAAUAACUACGGCUAUUUGAAAGGGUCUAUGUUCUUACACAUUUCUAAAUUCAACUCUUUAUCCUGUUUCUCCCCCUUGAAACCAUAAUUCUACGAACCUUGACAGAUUUCUUUUAUCCUGUACCUGGUUGGUUACACUCACCUCAAGAUUAAUGACUGGUACAUCUACCCUGACUGGGCGUACGCACUGGGAUGGACCAUGACUUUCUCCUCAGUUCUCAUGGUGCCACUGUGGGCGGUCGGACAGAUGUGUGUGACACCAGGAACCUUCAGACAGGAGCCUUUCUCGUGCCAUACGGUCUGUUAGCUGUGUUCUGUGGGAUCCCACUGUUCCUGUUGGAGACGGCAAUGGGUCAGUACACCCAGGAGGGAUUCAUCACCUGCUGGAGGAAACUGUGUCCACUGGCACAAGGAAUAGGAUAUGGGCAUUUCAUGAUGAAACUCUAUGAUUCCAGCUACAUAAUAAUCCAAGUGUGGACUCUCCUCUACCUGGCUUUCUCAUUCACAUCCCAGCUUCCCUGGGCCAGCUGUGACAACACCUGGAAUACAGUCAACUGUGUGGUUCUUUCUUCACCUAAUGUGACUGCAAAUCACACCACGUUGACCAACACCACUUCUGCUGCAACUGAGUUCUGGGAGCGGCGGGUUCUGGGCAUGUCUCGAGGCAUUGAGGAGCUGGGAAGUGUGAGAUGGGAUCUGGCCUUGACUCUUCUGGCCUGCUGGGUGUUUUGCUACUUCAGUAUCUGGAAAAAUGUCAGAUCAACAGGAAAGGUAGCAUACUUCACUGCCACUUUCCCCUACGUGAUGCUCCUGGUACUGCUCAUCAGGGGGCUGACUUUACCUGGAGCAUGGGAAGGAAUCUACUUUUACCUGUAUCCUGACUUUAAACAUUUAGCUAAUCUUGAGGUCUGGUUAGAAGCAGGAUCUCAGAUAUGCUUCUCCUACAGUCUGGCUACAGGAACCAUAAAAGUUUUGGGCAGCUAUAAUAAGUACAAAAACAACUGUUACAAAGAUUGCUUCUGGCUUUGUCUGCUGAACAGCGGCACCAGUUUUCUUGCUGGAUUUGUCGUCUUCUCUGUUCUUGGAUUCAUGGCUCAGAAACAGGGCGUUCCUGUCGACUCUGUAGCCGAGGCAGGUCCAGGUUUGGCGUUCAUUGCUUACCCCGAGGCUACAGCCAUGAUGCCUUGGCCACAGUUCUGGAGUGUCUGCUUUUUCCUGAUGCUCUUUUUACUCAGUGUUGACACUCAUUUUGUCACAGUCGAGUGUUUUGUCACAUCGAUGAGCGACUUGUUUCCGACCAGCUUGCGUGCACCAGGAAGGUCUGAAGUCUUUGUUCUUCUCGUCUGUUCGUUCUUCUUCCUCGCACAUCUGACCUUGGUUACUGAGGGAGGGAUUUACGUGUUCCAGCUCAUUGAUUAUUAUGGUUGUACCCGAGUUUGUCAUUAUUCCAUGAUUCUAUCUGAGUGUCUGGCUCUGGCCUGGAGUUUUGGCUCUGAUCGUGUUAUUAACGUCAUCGAGGACAUGACAGGACAGAGACCAUCGUUUUUCUUCCAUCUGUGCUGGAAAUACAUCAACCCUCUGCUGUCACUGAUUUCCUUUAUCCUGUACCUGGUUGGUUACACUCACCUCAAGAUUAAUGACUGGUACAUCUACCCUGACUGGGCGUACGCACUGGGAUGGACCAUGACUUUCUCCUCAGUUCUCAUGGUGCCACUGUGGGCGGUCGGACAGAUGUGUGUGACACCAGGAACCUUCAGACAGCGUUUGUACAUCCUUUGUCGUCCUGCUGAAGAUCCAGCCGGGCAGAGAAGAAAAAUGGGAGAGGAGGGGACGACUGUGGCGUUGAGGACGUCUGCAGAGACAGCUUAAUAUUACCUUUAAAAGUCUCCUUAACUAAUACACUUCAAACAUUAGGUCAGUCGGUUUAUAGCUAAGGGAUAUCAAGAGGGAAAGUAGAUAAGAUUGAUUCAAUGUACUGUCUGUACAUGUAUACGCAUGAAGAUUAAAGAAAAGAAA